CCACCGUUUCCCCAGUCGAUGGCUUGAUUAUGCGAGCGAGCAGAAACUGGAGGCUCCUUCUGGACGCCUUUGCUGUCACUGGCGGCACCAUGCGCGGAAGCUCUGAAAGCAGGACGGGCAUCCGUUGAAAGACACUGCGUGCCAGACGAGGGGCGCCCGGGGACGAACCAUGGGCGGCGUGCGAGCGCGGGUGCUCAGUUUGUGCCUCAGCCUCUGCUCGUUGGCGUUGCUCGUCACGGCCAUUUUCACCGACCACUGGUAUGAGACUGACCCCCGGCGCCACCGGGAGAGCUGCGAGGACCGCGUCGGCAGCGCCCACUCGCCCGACCUACGCCGCCGAUUGCUGCCGCUGCCGCACCUGCCCCUGCGGGAUGCCAAGGCACGGGUCCCCCGCGGAGGCAGUGCGGUGGCAGUUCCCCCCACCGGGAACCUGCUGCUGCAGCUAGAGAACUGGCGAACGCUCCUGGGGCUCCGGUGGCUGCAAUCUCGGUGCGGCCGGCCACUCUUCGCCACUUACGCUGGUCUCUGGAGGAAAUGCUACUUCUUGGGGGUCGACCAAGACCUGGAUAACCUACUGGACAGAGGUAUUGCUCAGAGAUGCACAGCAAUCAAGUAUCAUUUUGCCACACCAAUACGACGCUUAUGGAACAUCCCCAUCAAUUUAACUAAGAUUAUCCAGCAGGAUGAAUGGCACUUGUUACAUCUAAGAAGAAUUACAGCAGGUUUUCUUGGGAUGGCAGCAGCUGUUCUUCUCUGCGGGUGCAUUGUAAUUGCAGCUGGUUUCUUUUGGGAGAAAAGCCUCACACAGCAUGUUGCUGGUCUUCUUUUCCUCAUGUCAGGCAUCUUUUGCACUAUUUCUCUCUGUACUUAUGCAACAAGUAUAUCUUUUGACCUAAACCGCCUUCCCAAAAUCAUCUAUGGUCUUCCUGCUAAUGUUGAACAUGGAUACAGCUGGUCUAUAUUCUGUGCAUGGUGCAGUUUAGGACUUAUAGUAGCAGCAGGAUGCCUUUGUACCACUUACCCGUUUAUUAGCAGGACAAAGAUUAGCCAUCUAAAAUCUACCACAAACUCUUCCGUAUGACUUAUGGGAUAUAUUUUUUUUGUUUAUAAGGCAACAGGAA